AUGACCACCAUCCUAUUUGUUCCCGGCGCUUGGAUCGCCCCGUCAUUCUACCAACCAUUUCUCCAAGCUCUCAAGGUCGCUGGCUACGAUAUCCACUUCGCAGGAUACCCCUCGUUCAACCCCGAGGACCCGACCACAACCACCUGCCAGGCCGACACCGAUGCUAUUGCUGUGAUUCUCAAAUCGCUCGUGGAGGAUGAAGGUAAAGAUGUUCUGGUCUUCAUGUACUCUUAUGGCGGCAUGCCCGGCGCCGCAGCGGCUACCGGGUUAGCCAAAUCGAAGCGGGCGCAAGAAGGCAAAUCCGGAGGCGUCAUUGGACUGUUAUUCCUAGCGGCCUUCCUCCCAUCGGCGAAUCUCAAUACUGCGGAUGACCCCAUUAACUACUUCGCUGCCGAUGUCGAUCCGGCCUUGACCCAGGCCUUGACCGCUGAAGUCAGACCGCAUUCGACCAUAGCUUUCACCUCGCCACAGCCCCAUCCGGCCUGGGCAGAUGAGGCGUUCGAAGGGCAAUUGGCGUUUAUCGUCACCACUGAGGAUCGGGCAGUGCCAAAGGAGGCGCAAUUCGGCAUGAUGGCCGCUACGCAGAAGGAGUGGAUCGUCAAGGAGAUGGCGUAUAGCCACUGCGCGCCAUUCUUGAAUCGGAUCGAUGAGACAGUGGGACUGACUCGAGAAAUCAUUGCCCAACUCCUAUGA